CCGCCUUUGAAGAAAGCAGAAGUUCCAAUAAGAGGAAGUGGUGGCACAUUUGACUUGGCAGAGCCUCACGUGUGGGUUUCAUGUGAACAUUGGAUUAUCAGGUUUACACAGAAAUGGAGACGGACCCCCAAGCAAUGGAAGAGCCGGCGACAUGGAAGACAAAAGGUGUUCCUGCCAAGCCGCACUUCCCAGUCCGGCCACUUUACGUCGUUCUGGCUGCUGCAGCACUUUUUGGGAUUGUCAUUGUGUGUUUGUUCCUCAGCAAAUCUUCAGAAAUGGCGGCAGAAACUCGGCUUCUGAGGGCCGAGCAGGCGAAGGUCCAAGAGAACUACAACUCCUCGGCGAUCAAGUCCAUGGAGGCCGAAAUCGAACAGACGCAAAGCAAAGUUUCUGAAGUUUCCUCCAAAAUGGAGAAUCUGCAGCGUUCAGUUGCUGAAAUGUCUUCUCAGCUCGAGAACGUGGGAUCAGCCCUGAAGGACAUGGCCUCAGAUAUGUCAACACAAAUGAGGAAACUGCAGCGUGAAGUCUCCAGAGUUUCGUUACAAGUGAGGCUUCUGCAGAUGGGAGGUGGCGAUAAGUCGUUCAAUCUGCACGAAUGGGAGACGAAGGUCAGAAAUGAGACAGCCAACAGCAACUGGAGUGACUUGAGUGGACACCAGUACUACUUCUCCAGUAACAGGCUCUCCUGGACGUCAGCAAGGGACACCUGUACCUCCAUGUCCUCCUAUCUGGCAGUGGUCACCACUGAGCAGGAGCAGGACUUCAUCAUCAGCAAAAUGAGAGAAAGGUCCUGGGUUGGACUGAGUGACCUGGAAGAGGAGUCCGUCUGGAAGUGGACAACCGGGGAGCCCGUGGAGCAAAGCUUUUGGGAAUCUGGUGAGCCAAACAACGAGUUUGAUGAAGACUGUGGAGAAAUCAAGGAGAAUGGAAAGCUCAACGACAUUCCCUGUAAUCUGAGGAGACGCUUUGUCUGUGAAAAAGACAACGCGGGCGCUCAGUGAAAGAUGGAGACUGGCGGUCCUGCUAGGUGGGACUCAAAGUGCCCUCCUCACCAUCGGCUUUGGUGUCUUCAGUCCUGAGAAUGUGCAGGACAUCAAUAAAUAAAUAAAAGACGUCAAACCACAAA